ACCGACAAAUGCGGCGCAGCCUUUUAGUCUGCUCAGUCGUUCACAGCCCACAACCCGCGGAUUUACAAUCAACAAUUCAAACAGAUUUCUGCACGGGCUAUCUUUCUUUCCCGUUUCUACAAACUUCAAACAUGGGUUCUUAAACUCUGACCCUAGCAACAAAAACCCAGUGUCAUCCCAGCCUCAUCAAGCUGCUGUUCCAGAGGAACCGUUUUCAUCAGAAGCUUAGAGGCAGGCUCAGCCAAACAAAACCUUGUGGUUCGUGUCUCCAAACAUGGUGUAGCCAAACUUUCCGUUUUGUGAGGCAGCAGCAGCCCGCCAGCACCAAACCAGGAUGUCCAGCAGCUCGGGCUACCCCCCCAGCCAGGGGUCAUUCAGCAGCGAGCAGAGCCGAUACCCAUCACACUCUGGUGUCCAGUACACCUUCACCGGAUCGCGCCACCAACAGGAUUUCUCCGUCCCAGACUACCGCACUCACAUGCAGGAUCCACAGGGCCGCAGACGGCUGUCCUUGCUCUCCGAGUUCCACCCCGGAGCCGAAAGGCCUCCGGAGAGACGCCAUGGUUACGACCAGCAGUUUCACUCCGUUACAGCGCAGGCAGAGCACGAGGCCCUGGAGGCCAAACGCCCUCGCAUGGAGACCGUUGCCGAGGCCCAUAUCAACCGCACCCCUCCCACUGCUGGGGGUAUUGUGCUGCCCAUGCCCUACACUGUACAGGACAGCUUAAGAGCCACUGUUGAAGUCAAAAAGGAGUCUCCGUUCACCAUCAAAGUGGAGUCACCGUCGUCGGGAGGACCUGCGCUGCACAUGGGGGAAGAGCAGGACACGUCUCCCUCCAAGCUGUCCAAGGAGGAGCUGAUUCAGAGCAUGGACCGUGUGGACAGGGAGAUUGCGAAAGUGGAACAGCAGAUUUCCAAGCUGAAGAAAAAGCAGCAACAACUCGAGGAAGAAGCAGCGAAGCCCGUAGAGCCAGAAAAGCCAGUGACCCCUCCUCCGGUGGAGCACAAGCACCGCAGCAUCGUUCAGAUCAUCUACGAUGAGAACAGGAAAAAAGCUGAGGAGGCCCAUAAAAUAUUGGAAGGUCUUGGCCCCAAGGUUGAGCUGCCUUUGUACAACCAGCCGUCAGACACAAAGGUGUACCACGACAACAUCAAAACAAACCAAGUCAUGCGGAAGAAGCUGAUUUUGUUUUUUAAGAGGAGGAACCACGCACGUAAACAAAGGGAACAGAAGAUCUGCCAGCGCUACGACCAACUGAUGGAGGCAUGGGAGAAGAAGGUGGAGCGCAUGGAGAACAACCCCAGACGUAAAGCCAAGGAGAGCAGAACACGGGAGUACUACGAACGGCAGUUCCCCGAGAUCCGCAAGCAGCGAGAGCAGCAGGAGCGCUUCCAAAGAGUUGGACAAAGAGGAACAGGUCUUUCCGCAACAAUAGCAAGGAGCGAGCAUGAGAUCUCUGAAAUCAUCGAUGGUCUCUCGGAACAGGAGAACAAUGAGAAACAAAUGAGGCAGCUGUCGGUCAUCCCUCCCAUGAUGUACGACUCGGAGCAGAGGCGGGUGAAGUUCAUCAACAUGAACGGCCUGAUGGACGACCCGAUGAAGGUGUACAAAGCUCGGCAGUUCAUGAACGUUUGGACGGAACACGAGAGGGAAAUCUUUAAGGAGAAGUUCAUACAACAUCCCAAGAAUUUUGGUUUGAUUGCCUCGUAUCUUGAAAGGAAGUGUGUCGCUGACUGUGUGCUGUUUUACUACUUGACCAAAAAGAACCAAAACUACAAGGCAUUGGUCAGGAGAAACUAUGGCAGGAGGAGAGGACGGAACCAGCAAAUAACACGUCCCUCACAAGAAGAGAAGUCGGAAGACAAGAACGAAGAGGACAAAGCUGAGAAGUCUGAGAGAAAAGAGGACGAGGAAAAGAAGGACGAGGAAGAGAAAGAUGAAAAGGAGGAUUCUCGGGAGAUUGGCAAGGACAAAGACAAGUGUGACGGUGGGGAGGACGAGGACGGAAAGGAGCAAAACACGCCGCGUGGCAGGAAGACUGCCAACAGCCAGGGCCGCCGCAAUAGAAGGAUCACCACACGCUCCAUGGCCAAUGAGGCUGCGUCCGUCGCAGCCGAGGACACGCCUCCUCCCACCUCUGAGCCCGCCCUGCCAGAUCCUCCACAGCUCCCUAAAUCUGAUCAAGCGCAGAAGGGAAUGAAGGAGCCCGCAAAAUCCCUCACUCCGGUAGCAGCAGAUGCUAAUAAAGCUGGCGCUGGUGAAAGCGGAGAAACUUCUCGCUGGACCGAGGAGGAGAUGGAGGUUGCCAAAAAAGGGCUCGUUGAACAUGGCAGAAACUGGACAGCCAUCGCCAAAAUGGUGGGCACCAAAAGCGAGGCGCAGUGCAAGAACUUCUAUUUCAAUUACAAGAGGCGCCACAACCUGGACAACCUGCUCCAGCAGCACAAGAAGGAUACUCGCAGAGCUCGCGCUGAUACGUCUCAAGGGGAAGGCCAAGCCACGGCAUCACCUGAUGAUGACGAGGACAAUGCAGAUGACAGUGAAGUUGGUGAUAACAGCUCUGAUACAGAGAGCGCACCUUCACCCUCUCAGCCCGACUCCUCAAAAUCAGUCGACUCAAAGAGACCUGAGAGCACGGCAGGCGAAGCUCCAGGUGCAGACCAGGACAAAGGUCAAGCCAGCAAUGGAAAGUCUGUAGAGCCUUCAUACGGGGAGCUUCGCGUCAAGGAAGAGAAGAGCCCAGAGAGCGAGAGUGGAUCCCAGGAAGAAAAAGUCAAGCUUUCUUCCUUCCAUGGCCCCGUGCAUCCCAAAACCGAACCUCAGGAUGUGGACAUGAAGACCGGGGAGGUUCAAGUCAAGGUGGAGCCCGAGAUCAAGGAGAAGGGCGAAAAGGGAGAGCCGGGCGAACGGCAGAGGGAGCUCCACUCGGACAAUGACUCGAGCGCCACCUGCAGUGCUGAUGAAGACGUGGAGGCCGAGCCUGAUCGGCAGAGAAUAUACCCCAUGGAAAAACCAUCGUUGCUCAGCCCUCCGGGGACGGUGUUCAUGCCCUCGCCCAAGCAAACCCAGCUCAACAUCCAGCAGCUGCAGCACAGGGCAGCUGCCAUCCCUCCUAUGGUGCCUGGUUCUUACGGUCCUGGCGGCAUUCCCAUCAGCGGUUUAACCAUGCUGCAGCACCAGAUCAAAGCAGCGCAUGAUUCGGCUCACCAGGAGGAGAAGCAGCGGCAGGAUCAGGGCGACCUGGAGCGGAGACCCCACUUCAACACUCGCAGCCCUUCUGUGCUGGACAGAGACGUUCUCCACCCCAACCCCACCCAGCUGGUCCAGAGCAUGAACGACGGAGUCCGUCUGCCGUUCAACAGGCACAGUCGACCUCCCAACAUUCCUUCUCCUCCUCCGCUCAUUCCAACUAACAAGCCCACAGACAAGCCCUCCUUCAUCCAGGGCGGCUCCAUCUCCCAGGGAACUCCUGGCACAUAUUUGCCCUCUCAUGCCAUCUACGGGCCAGAGGGGACGAAGAGCUCUGGAGGAUCCAUCUCUCUGGGGCUGCCACGGCAGAUGGACCCCAACAAGCCCGCAGGAGCUGUGGUGUCCUCCAUCCAGGACGGCAGAGGCAACCCGGCAAAGGUUGGUGAAGGCCUGGCUUUCAGAGGAUCCAUCACUCAGGGCACUCCAGCUCUGUCCCAGCCUAGCAUAGCUGCUGACCUCCUGAAGGGCACAAUCACAAAGCUGGCUACAGAGGACCUGGGCAGCCCAGAUAAAGCCCGGGGGGAGCAGCUAGCUAAAGUCAUUUAUGAAGGCAAAAGUGGCCACAUCCUCUCCUAUGAUGGUUUAAAGAAUCCCAGGGAAAACACCAGAAGCCCCAGAACAGGGCAUGACAUGAAACGCACCCAUGACAUGAUGGAGAGUCCCAUGGGAAGAGCACACCAUGGCAGGGAGGGCGCUCCAUUCGAGGGUCUGAUCAGUAGGGCUUUACCUAGAGAAGGGCAUCCUGGCGACUCCAAGGAAAGAGCGCUGAUCCCUGGAUCCAUUAUGCAAGGGACACCGAGAACUACCGCUGACGUGUAUGAGGAUGCGGUGAAAUACGGGAAGCUGAUAAAAACAGAAAGCCCGCCUAUCCGAACAUUCGAAGAGGCCAUCGGCAAAGGCAAGCCCUACGAAGGAGUUAACACCAUCAAAGAGAGGGGGCGCUCCAUUCACGAAAUCCCCAGACAGGACCAACCUGGACAGGACAUGUGCAAGACUCCUGACCUGCCGGACAGGAGGGUGAUAGAGGGAUCCAUGUCUCAGAGUUACUCCAUGGGCCAGCCAACCAUCAAACACAACGUCAAGUCCCUCAUCACCAGCCCCAGCAAGCUUCCCCACAGCAUGCCCCAGCUGGAGGCCAUGGAGCGACCCAAGUACGAGGAGAGCAAGGCGGUGCGGCACUCUGUGGUCAACAGCACGGCCUCCGUCCUGCGCUCCACUCACCAGGAGGCCGGGAAAUCCCAGCACAGCCCCAGCAUGUAUGAGGACGCCAGUGCUCGCAGGACCCCCGUCAACUACAGCACCAAUCCCGUCUCCAGAGGAUCCCCCAUGCUGGGACGGGGCUCAGAGGGGGGCAUGAGUUCUGCCAAAUCCGCCGCACAUGACAGAAAGAGUGCCAUGACCCCAACGCAGAGGGACAGCAUCCCAUCCAAAUCGCCUGUGUCGGUGGGCGACCCCGUGGCCUCCCACAGCCCGUUCGACCCCCACCACCGGCCUUUGGUUCCCGGAGAGGUGUAUCAGACCCACCUGCCCCCACACCUGGAUCCCACCCUGGCCUUCCGCCACAGAGGCCUCGAUCCUGCGUUCAUGUUUCCCCGGCAACCCUCACCAACCGGCUACCACAACACCUACCAGCUGUAUACCAUGGAGAACACUCGGCAGACCAUCCUCAACGAUUACAUCACGUCGCAGCAGAUGCAAGUUAUCCCUCGGCCCGACAUGGCCAGAGGGCUGUCGCCGCGGGAACAACCCGUCGCCAUCCCGUACCCGCCGCCUCCUCGAGGGAUUAUUGAUCUAACCCAGAUGCCUCCAACUAUCCUGUUGCCUCACCCUGGGGGAACAGGUACUCCCACUUUGGAACGCGCCUACCUCUCUGGAGCUCAGCCCCCUUUCCCUCCUAGGCCUUUCAACUCAACUUCCAUAUCGCCAGGCCAUCCAGUCCACCUUGCUGCUAAUGCAGAGAGGGAGAGGGAGCAGCAGGAGAAGGAAAGGGAAAAGGAAAGGGAGCAACAGAGGGAGAGGGAACGGGAGAUCAGAGAGCGGGAGCGCACUAAUGAAUACAUGCGUGGAGGCGCCCUGGAGCAGCCGGGCCGGCCAGGGAGCCGAGGUUAUCUGCAUUCCCCUUCUCCGUCGCUCCGGACCCAGGAUGUGGUCGUUCAGCAGCGGCCGAGCAUCUUCCAGGGAAAAAGUGUCAUCACCUCACUAAUACCCCACCCGCCUGUGGUUACAUCAGCGUCCCAGAGCAGCUCACGCUACAGCACAGCGGCCGACGCUCUGGCUGCGCUGGUGGACGCCGCGGCCUUAGUGGACGUCACCAAGGUCAAGGAGAGCAAACACGAGCGGGACGAUGAAAUGUCUUCAUCGGCCGCGUCGCGGCGGGGGCCGAUCCUCUCGGAGCAGCAGCAGGAAGCAGACAGGCGGUCGUUGCACUCGCCGUAUAACGCCAUGUCUCUGCCGGGCGGAAAGCCGCAUCCGGCUUACGCCGAGGGCGUCGGGGGGAAGGAGAAGGGUCCUCAGACAAAGUCCCGCAUCGAAGAGGAGCUUCGGACUCACGGAAAGACGACUAUCACCGCCGCCAACUUCAUCGACGUCAUCAUAACACGGCAGAUAGCUUCAGACAAAGAGUCGCGGGAACGAGGCUCUCAGAGCUCCGACUCUUCAAGCAGCUUGUCAUCUAGUCGGUAUGAUAACACUGCUGGAGGAGCCAUUGAGGUUAUAAGUCCUGCUAAUUCCCCAGUCCAGCCCCAGCAGGACAAAGCAGAAGACGGACAACAACAAGCAGCAGUUGCCAUGCGGACCUACGACAUGGGCCGGUACCGAUCGUCUGCAGAGCCGCCGCAGCCCCCCUCCUCCCAGGCAGACAGCUACUCACAGGUCCCCAAAACCCACAGAGUCAUGACCUUGGCAGACCAUAUUUCGCAUAUAAUUACCCAAGACUUCGCCAGGAAUCAAGACCCCCCUGUCUCUUCGUCAGCACCCACCACAUUCCAGAGCUCCAUCCCACCGGUGUCCUCUUCGGGUCGGGUCAAAGCCCCGAGCCGCUACAGUCCUGAGAACCAGCCUCCACACCACCAGAGACCCUCCAGUCGGGUUUCUCCAGAGAACGCCCCUGACAAAUCCAGGGCCAGACCCGGCAAGUCUCCGGACCGAGGAGGCAGGCAGAUGGAGAACUAUGAACCCAUCUCUCCCCCACAGGGGUACCAAGGCAUGGACAAGCAGGAGGCGGGUGGGCCUCCGCCCCAAAGGCGAGACACUGACAACUCUGAGAUCAGUUUCGUUGCCUCAGCUGCUCUCUUCCCGCCUCCAUGCUGUUCUAGGAGCGACUCACGGUCCCCAGGGAGUGUCAGCUACCUGCCUGCUUUCUUCACCAAACUGGAGAGCACUUCGCCCAUGGUUAAAUCCAAGAAGCAGGAAAUCUUUCGUAAGUUGAACUCCACCUCUGGUGUUGGGGAUUCUGACGUUGGAAAUGCUCAGCCUGGGACAGAGAUUUUCAACCUGCCUGCUGUUACCAGCUCCAGCAGCAUCAACCUAAGGAAUCAGUCGUUCAACGACCCGGCCAGUAACUUGGGCCUGGAGGACAUCAUCCGCAAGGCUUUAAUGGGCAACUUGGAAGAGAGGCAGGAGGAGCACCAGGGAGGAGGAGGAGGAGCUGUUGUCAUGAACAACGCAUCCGGCACGGGCGGCGAUACCCGACAGGAGGCCAGCCUGUCUCCCAGUAUGGGGAAACAGAAGCAGGGCAAAGCAAACAGCCGGAAGUCCAAGUCACCUAACCUGGGUCAGGCCUACCCAGGAGGGGAGCGUCCGUCGUCAGUCCACUCUGACGGGGAAUACCACAGACAAACCCAAGCACAGUGGACCUGGGAGGAGCGACCCCCGUCCACAGGUCCGAUGCCGUUUCCUUACAACCCACUGACCCUGAUGAGCACACCCCCCACGUCCAUGGCCUCAGCCUCGAUACAGAGCCAGCAGCAGCAGCAGCAGCAGCAGCAGCAGCAGCAGCAGCAGCAGCAGCAGCAGCAGCCGCCCCCAGCCAGGGGGCAGCAGCGAGUGUGGCAGUCUCUGCUGUCAGAGCAGUAUGAGACCCUGUCUGACAGCGACGACUGAACCCGAUACCCGCCGGCGUCCCGGUUACCAGGGAAACGGCCUAUGCUUCAGGCGGAUCUGUCCACACCCGUCUCCCAGAACUAACCUCACUCUUUUUGCGAGUGAGGAGCGGAUGAGGUGGUGUCAUGUUUUUUUGGGGUUUUUUUCUUCUUCUUUUUUUUCUUUGUUGUUUUUGGUGCUAUGGCGCCCCCUGGCGGUCAGCUUGGAGCAGCAAGCAACAGGCAGGGUUCUCCAGAAGAAGACUCAGUAUUUGCUCCAGGAGCGCUCACCGAGCCUGUUGGGAGACGUACACACCAACAUGGAGGACGACAAACGGCACCAGUCGAGCUGAAGAAGUUCCUUCAUGUGUAAAAAAAGAAACAUAAGAAGCUAUUUCUGAAUUUUUUGUCUGAUUCUGUAAAGAUACACCCUGUCUUUAAGAAAAUUUGUAUGUACAUAGAGUAACCUUUUUGCAGUGUUUUUCUUAACUUGUUUCUUAUUUUAACGUCGCUUUUAACUUGAUCCACUUUAAUUGGGAAGAGGUGUGGUGUAAUCUUUAAUAACGCACUUGUUCUCCCAGACUCCACGCCACCAACCUGAAACUUUAUUAUUAUUAUUAUUUUUUUUUACCAUGGCUUUGCUAAGAGAGACCGGACCUGUUGUUAAAACUUGACCCCUCUGCGGAUCACAGAUUGUGCCGCCGUCAACCAAGCACCACCAGAGCCUGAACCGGUGUGGACAAAAACAAAAACAAAAAAUGAAGCGUCGAAAUCCGAAGUCAGUCUUCGUCACACAGUGGAGCUGAUGCGUGGAUCGUAAAUAGACAGUAGAGACAACUUCUCACCCAGUUGGAACAGAGAAACAUCACAACAAGUUGAGAUCACUGGCAUCAGAGCCGAAAGGUGAAAAGUCGGAAAUAAGCUUGCUGGAAAUGAUAAUCGUUAUGACUACUCCUGGACCCUGUCUGAAUGAUGAAAGUGAGCCAAUGAGUUUAUUUUUUCUUUUUCUUUCAAUAGAGCUGACAACUCAGUGUGUUGCAUCCCUGCAGUUUCUCUUUCCAAGCUGUCCAGAAUAACGUCUUGUCAAAAAGGAAAAAACUAACAAAAAAAAAAAAAUGUCAGUGUCAGGACAUGUGAUUUCUUUUCAGCUUUCUUUUCUGAGGGAUAAUUUUGCCACGCCUUGUGAGUUAAGAGAGAAGGCAGCUUUAAAAACGAUUUUCUCAGAGAUAUAUGUUGGUGUCAUUUGUAUUUGUUUCUGCAGUCCCUCUUUUUUUCUUCUUCUUCUUUAUUUCCUGUCCUGACAACAAUCUGAGCUCUGUAAAACUGUCUUCUCAUUACACGAAACGCAGAAACUAACCAAACGUAAAGAAUGCUCUGCACCAUUGUUGCACUUUUUGUUUGCUUUGUGGCUUCAGACAACAGAAAGCAUACUACCUGCUGUGUAACUUAAUCAACCUCCAGCCUAGGACUAUACUAAGAUGUGCUUUAACUUUUUCCCCGCCACUCAAUUAAAAUCUGGAUGUUUGAACUUCCUUUCUUUCCUCACUGCUGGUACAUAAUAUAUUUUGGUGUUAACACCUGCAUCAGUUGCUGUUUUUAAGUGCAUGGUACCGUUAAAUGUCUAGGAGUUUGCUGUCAAAGUGAUUCAGAAUCUUGAUAACUUAAUAUCUGCUUUCAUUGUGUCCGUCAACAGAUGGCUCUGGAGACGACUCCUAUUACAUCGACGUCAUAAACGGCAGUAACUCUGUUCACAUUUUCUUUAUGUAACAAUGCCAUAUUCUAGCUGUCUCUCUGCUCAAGUUGGGAAACCCAUUUUGCUUGAAACUUGAUAUUUCUCACCGUUUUUCAUUUCACUUUUGUUUUCCAUCCUGCUUUUUAGGGAUGUUGUGUGUUUACGGACGCAAUGACAAAAAAAGUUUACAAACUUGAAUCUUAAAUCCGACAUGAAGCCGUAAAAAGAAAAUAAAUUAGUGCGUCUCAGUUUUUUGUUUUGUUUUUUUGGUUGGUUUCUUUUUUCCAGCUCUCUUUCAAAUACACAGUGGUGACUCUUUUUGUCUAUUGGAAAUUGAGACUUGAAACCCCAUGUAUCCUAUGAUGUUAAAAUGCAAUAUUUGUAUCGCACAAUGUCUCUUAGUAGGCUAUUACAAGAGUUCAGACCAAUCGAAUAAAGUGGAUCAGUCCUCCACCACUGACAGAUUUG